UGGCGCUCAUCACCAUCUGCAACCCGCCCGUCAACGCCCUGCACCCCGCGAUCUUUGACGGGCUCAGCGAGAAGUACGGCGAGGCCAUGGCCCGCGACGACGUCAAGGCCAUCGUGCUCACCGGUGAGGUCUCUCAGACUCUCACAGUCUAUCUUCCUGCUCCUUGAUUCUGCGACAGCGACGACUGUCGGACUGGCCGGAUGUCGAUUUGGUCGAGCACAUGCUGCUCUUUGACCUCUGUUUUUUUACUUUUCAAAAAAAAAUAGCAUCGAUUUACACAAUUCGCCGGAAAUGCUGGAGCCAGCUAUCUCUAUCUCUGUGUUUUCUCCACCGUCAAUGUUAACAGAGCCUUUUUGGCGUCGCUGAAUCAUGUGGAUGUACUUAGUGCGAAUUCGUACCGUAAGAAAGGAAGACCGGCGAUGCAGGAAAAUUCUGCGGAGGUUUCGACAUCAAUACGUUCGCACGGAUUCAUCAGACUGGAAACAUGUCACUGCUGCCGGACUCUGUUAAGCUUGCGUCACAUAUGAUGGAAGAGGGCAGAAAACCUUCAGUUGCAGCCAUCCAAGGCCUUGCUCUGGGCGGUGGACUAGAGUUGACUAUGGCUUGUCAUGCUCGGAUAUCUACCCCUGAAGCUCAACUUGGGCUACCAGAACUAACUCUUGGAGUAAUUCCUGGAUCUGGGGGAACCCAGCGUCUUCCGAGGCUUGUAGGUCUUCCCAAAGCAAUAGAAAUGAUGCUGCAAUCAAAGUUCAUUACAGCAAAGGAAGGGAAGGAACGUGGUCUUAUUGAUGCCCUUUGCUCGGGUGAUGAAUUGAUAAAGAUGUCACGCCAUUGGGCUCUGGAGAUUGCUAGUUGUCGUAGAACUUGGACAAAAUCUCUCGGCAGAACAGAUAAGCUUGGUUCACCGUCUGAAGCUCGUGCUCUAUUAAGUACGACAAGACAGCAAGUGAAGAAAAUUUCAACAAACAUGCCGCAGUAUCAAGCCUGCCUUGAUGUUAUUGAAGAAGGUGUAUUAUUUGGAGGCCAUGCAGGUGUCCUAAAGGAAUAUAAGGUUUUCAAGGAGUUGGUGCCAUCACAAACAUCAAGGUCACUUGUCCAUGUCUUUUUGGCCCAGCGUUCUACUACAAAGGUGCCAGGUGUUACUAAUGUUCAACUGAAACCUAGGAAAACUAGAAAAGUUGCCAUUAUUGGUGGUGGCCUGAUGGGCUCUGGAAUUGCAACAUCACUUCUCAUUAGCAACAUAUCUGUUGUUCUCAAGGAAGUAAACCCCCAGUUUCUGCAAAGGGGACAAAAGAUGAUAGCAGCUAAUCUUGAGGGCCUGGUCAAAAGGGGCUCACUCACAAAGGACAAGAUAAACAAGGCCAUGUCACUUCUCAAAGGUGCACUGGAUUAUUCAGAAUUCAAGGAUGUUGAUAUGGUUAUUGAGGCUGUAAUAGAGAACAUUCCUUUGAAGCAAUCGAUAUUUUCUGACAUUGAGAAGAUCUGCCCACCACAUUGCAUAUUUGCAACAAACACAUCUACCAUCGAUUUGAAUGUUGUCGGCGAGAAGACAAAUUCUCAAGAUAGAAUUAUAGGGGCACAUUUUUUCAGUCCUGCUCACAUUAUGCCUUUACUUGAAAUUGUCCGGACGGAGAAGACAUCACCACAAGCUAUCCUUGAUCUCAUCACACUUGGAAAGAUAAUAAAGAAAGUCCCUGUUGUGGUUGGUAAUUGCACAGGAUUCGCAGUUAACCGUGCAUUUUUUCCUUAUGGACAGGGUUCAAAGCUUUUAGUUAGUCUUGGUAUUGAUGUUUUCCGAAUUGAUCGAGUAAUAAGCAGCUUUGGAAUGCCAAUGGGACCAUUUCAACUCCAAGAUGUGGCUGGAUAUGGAGUGGGCUUGGCAGCAAAACACAUAUUUGCUGCUGCCUUUGGAGAACGAAAUUUCAGCUGUGAUUUAAUGGAUUUGAUGGUACAGGAUGGGCGGCAAGGAAAGAGCAAUGGCAAAGGUUAUUACAUUUAUGAGAAGGGCAGGAAGCCAAAGCCUGACCCUAGUGUUCAACAUGUGAUUGAGGAGUACCGAAAUCGUGCAAAGACAAUGCCUGGUGGAAAGCCGGUGAUUUUAACGGAUCUGGACAUACUGGAGAUGAUUUUCUUCCCAGUUGUGAAUGAAGCAUGCAGGGUUAUGGAUGAAAAUGUUGUGAUUCAGGCUUCUGAUCUUGAUAUUGCGUCUGUUCUUGGGAUGGGCUUUCCCAAGUACAGGGGUGGUCUUAUCUUCUGGGCUGAUACUGUGGGAGCACCUUAUAUACAUUCAAGGCUAAUCCAGUGGGCUGAAAUCUAUGGUGCCUUCUUCAAACCAUCAUCAUAUUUGGGACAGAGAGCUAAAAGCGGCAUACCCCUGAGCGCAUCGAGCUCAUCCCUGCUAGAUUCUACGAGAUCUCGCAUGUAAUGAGGUGCUACUUCAACAGUUGGCAGGGAAGUGGCUUUGGUAGUUUGAUACACAUCUACGAACUCAAGAAAAUGGCCUAGAAACUGUAACAUUCUCCUCAUUUCCUAAUCGGGCUUCUUCAAGAUCAGAGCAAUAAAUGGCUAUGCAUCCUUUUGCAGUGGUGUAUGGUUUCCUGCCUCGAAAAAACUUUUCCUAUGCUCAAAAUAUUUUUUUUUUCAUCAAGAUGUCUCCGGUCCUCACAAAAUUGGUUGGCUCUCCUUGUUGUAUCACCCUGAAGAAGUAUUUUCACCUCUGUUCUU